AUGAACAGUGGCGAAAGCGAUCUGGUAGAAUUUGAUGGACGAAGGAUUCAGCGUGAUACAGUACCGAAUAGGCAGAAGCAACAAGUAUCAACGAUCGUUGGUGAAGAAUCACUACAAGCGGCAUACACCGAGAAGGACCAGCCUGUGCAUUUCCAUAGCAACCAUCAGGGAACAAAUCACAACGGUGAAUGGAAAACACUGGUAGGAUCAUACGAUGAGACAACUCUUGAGUAUGAUGCUAACACAAUUGUAAUGGAUGGUUCUUUUCAACAGCAUCAGCACACAAAUAUCAGUAAGAACCGAAUUACCGUAGACCAGAAACCAUCCGACUGGCUUCGUGUGGGAUUGAACGUGACGGCGGAGAAGUAUGUGGAAAACUCUAAUGCGAUCGCUUUAACGGAUGGUAACGGCGUACUCGAACAAGACGAGCCGCUGCUGCACACAACACAAGGGUGUACCAGUAUCGAGAAACAGGUACGCGAUCACGGCCGAACUGGUAGCGUCAUGCGCGAUCCUCAGGAAUCUCAACACCGGUCAGCACCGACAGCACCACUCGGUGAGGUCGAAUCCGGUGAGGACGACAAUGAUUGUGUAGUCGUGCCGGCCACCGAACGCAAGGUGGAACCAUUGAAAAUUAACCUAGCACGUGAUCGGGAACCGCUCCGUACGGUCAUAAAACGUACGCCCGGCGCAAGCUCUACCCCAGACAGCUUUCAGCAGCUUUCACCGACCAUCCGUGACGUACCCGGGUCGCCGAAGAUUACUAUUAAGCCCCCGAAACCACCUCCAACAGUAGAAAAUACGUUGGUGGGGUUGGCUGGAGGAUCAUCAACGUCCUCGACAUCAUCCUCUUCGUUGACGGGUGCGGAACAACAUCAUCACACCAAUAAUUGUGCCGGUUCCGGGUCGGCCUUACCAUCGUAUAGCAGCAUUCCAAAGCUUACCAUUAAGCCGAUCAUCAAUCCGGCCGAUGAUACGCUAGCUUGUGAAACAGCGUCAACGGUGGGCACGGCAGCAUCGGUGGAGCAAAUGCAUAUUAUUCCUAAGUUACUCAUCAAGGGUUCCGUUUCCUCGUUGGAUGCAAGUCACGGACGGGAUGGAGCGAUGGAACGACACAUUGUGCCUAAACUAACCAUACGUGGUGUAAAUAACCACAACCAUCAUCACCAUCAACAGCAGCAGCAGCAACAUCACUUUGCACAAAACCAGUUGGAUUCACAAGUUUACUCUAACGAUGGUAUAGCGUCUGCCAUGCUACAAAUGGAUGGUUCGGUUGGUGGUCGGGGUGAAAGCAGUGGGACGGGUUCGCCAACGCCGCUGGUUCCUAAGUUAACGAUCAAAAUGGACAACCACCAUCAUCAUCACCUUCAUCAACAUCACACCAGUUUGCGGGUGAAAGAUGGUCCAGAUGUUAUUGAUGGAGGAGGUAGUAUGGUGGGUGGUCCUAUCCCGAAGCUGCAUAUAAAAACGGUCCAACAGGAUGGGGUUGGCCCAUCCACGGGAAUAAAUAAUAAUUCGUCGUCGUCGAGCGGCAAUUGUAGCACAUCCAGCCCCGGGUUGCCUCCCGUGUUGACAAGCUCGGAAGGAGUAAAGCUUACUAUAAAGCCGCUUCCGGAACCGAAGCUGCCGAAGCUAACGAUCAAAACAACAGGCCUCGGAACGAUCGCGGAAUCGAGUGACGUGUCGAUGGUGUCCUCGACAAGCAAUAGUUUCUCACCAAAAUUGUUGCCUUCAUCGGUCACGUGUAGCAGUUCCGGUGAACAGUUGCAGCAGCAUGUGGUUUGUGGCAUCGCGAGUGUUUCUCAACUAUUGCAGCAACAUCAGCAACAACAACCGGCUUCUCCAAGUGAUCAACAUUCGAACAUAAGCUCCAGCUCGAUUCCAAAGCUUACGAUCAAGCCGAUGCCCCCGAAGGAUGCAACGUGCGUUCAAGAUUGCUCUGCAGAUGGUAACAGUUCAUCGAACAUGCGUGGCGAAUGUUCCGUAACUCCUACUGUACCAAAACUGACCAUUAAACCCAUUCUGCCACCGGCAAAGCAAUCGGUAGAGGACAGCAGCAGUUCCAGCGAGAUCAGUAUUAAUUCCCUCGAAUCAUCGCCCAUUUCUUCGUCCUCGAUUUCAUCUGCUCCGGCCUCCGUGGUGGUAACCACUUCGCCACCAACGGCAUUGAGAAUGACAAUCAAAGUACCUUCAUCGGCUCCACAGCAACAGCACGAAAGUAACCUUGUAGGAGAUGGCGCCAGUUCAGCAUUGAUGGGAACAGCCACAGGUUCAUCUUCUACGACGGCUGCAGCAACAGUUGUCACAAGGCUUAAUAUUAAACCAGUACUGCCACCUCCAUCGAACGCAGAUCGCAACGAACCGUCGGGACUAGAUGGUGUUAGAGAGCAUGGCAAAGAUCACUCAAUGGUAAUGUCUGACGACAGCGGCUCGACUCUUACUUCGUGCGAAGAAUCCCACAAACCGAUCGUUAUACCGAAGGUAACUAUCAAAACCUUAGCCAACCCGCGAAGCCAAGAAACGGAAAUUUUGUCCACACCCAAGGUAACGCUAAAACCGAUUCCGAAGCCGCAAGAUGAAAAUCUCGUUACGGGGAAUCUUUUAGAACGUCAUUUGUUGUUGGGGGGGACGGGAUUGUCCCCGAUCAUGGCCAAUAAUGCAGGUCCCACUGUAACGAACAGCAUGCUGGGUUCUGCUACAUCGACGGGAAGUGGACAGGAUUCAAUGGAUUCACCACGAAUUAUAUUGAAAAUCAACAAAGGGUCCUCUUCAACAACGACCACGAGCGGUGAGCAGUUGGAGGGUACUGGUCCAGAUGGUGGCCCGAUAAUUUCAGUUCCCCAGCCGCCCGGCAGUUCUAUACUUGCGAACGAACUAAAACGACCAGCCACGAAUGCAAUGUGUGCCUCAACUAUCCCUUCAUCCGGCUCAUCGUCGGUAUCCUGUGCUUCGUCAACCUCGGUGUCGGCAUCGGCCACAUCCUCGUCGGCGGGGUCGGAUCCUGCGUCGCCUUCUUCCGGUGGCGGAGGUGAUCAGGGUGAAUUGGGAACGCUCGAGAUAAAAAGAAGCAAACUGGAUCACUCACAGUCACAGCUUACGCACAGUGAAAUGCAAGGCGUGCUGAGCCAUCAUCAAGACCUAUUGCAGCAGAACCAGCACCAGUAUCAGCUACAACUUAAAGCCAGAACUAACGCGGAAUUGACAAGGCGCCCGUUAUCAUCCGGAGCAGCGAGUUCGAAAAAUGUCAGCGAUAUAAUUGUGAUAGACGACGAUAGUAAAUCGGAGAACGAAACCCCGAGAGAGAAAGAUGUAAUGGCAUCAUCCGUUAUGCGGUUACCUCCCACUUCUGUCGAUCCUCUGGCCAUCAACGAUCGAAUGGUGGAUCGCUCGUUUGCGGCACUUGACGGUGGAGCGUUGGCGCAGGCAAAACCGAGACGUACACGAGGCACACCGCGUGGUGGUGGUGGACGUCAGUCGCGGAGAGGAAAUGGUCGUGGUGCGGGAUCGUCGGCGAUGGCCAAACAGCAGCAACUACACACCAAUGCAGCAGUAUCCCAGCUGCUAGGAAUAUUGGUGCAGGAUGAACGUGAAGAAGGUUCCAGUUCGGACUGCAUGAUUGUCGAUGAACCAGCAACGCCCGCGACUAACAUGCGCGAAAGCUUAACGCUAGAGAAUCUUUUACGUGGCACAUCAAAACCAUCGGUACCCUCGUCCGCAUCGAUCAGUGGCAGCAACUUUUACAGUGUCCCUAUGACCGGUGGUGGUACUGGCAGUGAGGUGGAGAAAAAUGGCACCGCCAGUAACAGUUCGAUCGGCAGUGUAACCAGUUCCGUCAGCAGUUCAGUGGUAGGACCGGCUUCGACACCGGCUGCGACCGGUCGAACGCCGGUGGCUGGAGUGCGCAUGAGUACACGGCGCGCCGCUGGACAGCUGCUGAAAGAGGUGCUCGCCAACAAACAUCAGGACCGGGAUUCCGGCGUAGACGAAGCGAGAACGGAUGGUGAGUUUGGAGCAACUCCCUCAAAGAGGCCGCGAGGCCGUCCAAAGAAACAAUCCGUCGAUAUGGUCACGGAAACAAACGGUGGAGGUAACAGCAAUUCGGUGGACGGAAGCAUCGGUGGCCUAGAAGCGGCUAGUGGUAGUAAUAUGCUACUGGCGAUGGCAAUGAUGGGAAGCGAAGAUGGUUCGACACUGCUUCGAACUGACAACAGGGGAUUUCUUGGAGCGCAGUCGCUUAUGGAAGGAAUUGUGCCAUUGCCGAGGACACCAACACGCACACCAAGAUCGAGAGGUCGUGGCCGCGGCAGAGGCAGAGGUAAAGUGAAUCUGAUAGAGGCAGGUAGUGUGUUUGGUGGUGCCACCUUAACCGAAUCUGGAGCGUCACCCGCAGACAGAAAUGUGGAUCCGUUGUUUAUUGGCACUCCAAAUAACAUCGACCCAACUACUACGGAUACUUCGCAAGGGUUUCAUCUGUUGUUCAAUCACCUUCAAACACCACCACGUGGUGGAGCUGGCGCACGUACCCGUGGCGGACGGAGAGGACCCGGUUCCAGAGGGCCCCGCACACCUAGAGGAGGUCGUGGUGCGGCCAAGAAUGCAAUGGCAGCGCUGUUAACCGUGGGAGGGACACCAUCGUCCGACAUUAUCGGAUCGUUUGCCGAUCUGACCGCUGCUCAGGAAGCAGCAACGAAACAGUUGUUGGAUGCAUUGCAACAGCAACAGCAGGAGCUGCUGCUGCAACAAUUACCACUUUCGCCAAGCGCACCGGACAUGACACCGAAACCGCGAGGUCGUGGACGUGGUUCCAGAGGAAUCGGGACGCUGACCGGAAGCAGACGGAAAGGGACACGCGGCAGUACCAAAGCAGCUGGUAGGGGCCGAAAGGGGCUUAAUGUAGAUUCGCAAAUGCUGACCAGCGCUGAAUCGAGUCCCGGUGCAGGCGUUUCUGGUGACAUAAAAAAUGCCAUUUUUAUGACACCGAUGGCUGGAGGUUUGGAUUUAAAUCGACCAAAGCUGCAUGUGCGUGCAUUAAAAACACCGAAAAAUGAAAUUAAAUCCAACACUCCACCAUCCAGCGCCGAAGCGAUACCAUCAACCAGUGGUGCAACGCCGUCGAGGACACCGACAGUAGACAGCGGUAGCGGUGGGCUUCAGGUGUUUGAAGAGGACACUCGCAUGAGUGGGGAUUUUAAUUUCACCACACCCGUGCGUAUGCUCAGCACCGGGGACGGAUGUCUGCAGCAGAACGAAGAAUCCCAAAGUUCGUACCUGAGUAGCACCAGCGUUACGCAGGAUGCUAUCAACCAAGCGUCGACGCAUGCAACAGUACCGGAAGACAAAACGACGACGGGCUUGGGAGCGGCCAACGUGUCGGAAGCCCAGAAAGAUUCCAUUUCGGGUGCAACCUCUGCCAGUAACAGCAAUAGUAGCAGUCGAAGAAUAAACAAAGGCAAAAUGGAAGUGCUCGAUUCUCACCGGGCGCAAUUUACGGUGGAUCUGCUAGCAGAAUAUGAAUGGCCUCCACCCAGCCCGGGCACUAGGGGUGCCGAUACGUUUAUGAUCCAGGAGCAGAUUGCGGAAUACUUGGGCGUGAAGAGCUUUAAGCGGAAGUAUCCCGACCUGAUGCGGCGCCCGGUCGAUAUGGAGGAGCGUAACUUUAUCCUGGAGCAGGGACUCGCUUCGGAGAAGAUGUGCGAUCUCGGGCUAACCGCAGUGUACGCUUCAGAAAUACUAGACAUUAUGAGCAGUGAUUAUCCGGAAAAGUAUGAAGAGUACACGCGUUACACGCGCGAGAAGCAUUUCCGCGAGCUGAGUAACCGGCAGCGACUGCAGCAGGAAGCAGUAAGCGCCGUAGUUGCGGCCGCGCCGAUAGAUCGCGCCCAACUACAAAAGGAGAAGGCAAUCGAAUCGGCAGCCAGCUGGAAUUGUAGCUUUAACAAAGAACGACGAGACUCAAGACGGGCAUGUAUGGAUCUACAAACGUAUGUGGUGCAGCAGCCGAAACGGCAACAGCUAUCCCGUCCGGAGGGCCAUCAGCAAACGGCAUCGAAGGUGUCAACUACCAACUAUCCCGUGGCACUUGUGCCCGGUCAGUUCAGCGAGUAUUACACUACUUACACACCCGAGGAAUUGGCUUGCUACCCAAUCAACACGAUAUUGUUGGAUCCAUUUGAGCUGCAGGAAAUUGUUUCGUCCGAGCGCUAUCGCAGGUUGGUAGCCGCCGAAGAGGCACGUCUACUCGAAGAUGAUAGCAGUAACAGCACCAGUGAUAGUGAUAGUGAUGAUAGCAGCACCGACAACAGUGGCACUAGCAGCGACAGCAGUAGCGGUAGCGACGAUGAAGCGGUAGGGCGCAGUGCACGGACGUCCGGUUCAUCCAAUAGCGGAUCCUCUUGCAGUGAUAGCGAGUGUGGAGGAAAUAUGAGAGUGAAAAAACAACGAAAUCGUCUGCUACGAGGAAGACGGCCUAGUGUGAUUGAUGGAAAUGCUAAGAAUGCCGAAACAACUGUUUCUGCUUCUAUCGCCGUUGGUGUCACUCCUGUCAGGAGGUCCAGUCGAACCAUGAGUGCUGGUGUACCAGUGGUGCCCACGACCGUGGAAUGUAAAGAACCAACCGAUUCAGAUGAUUCCGAUGUUCCAUUAAUAGCGCAUGCUGUGAAGAAGAAAAAUAAUCUCGCCUUAGCCAUCACACAGACCGCGACCACCGUUCCCCCUUCUGCGGGUGGUGGCAAGCGGAUGCAGGAUAUUGUAACACCGGUAAAACGACCACCUAUAAACCCGUUCAUGUGUGCCGUAUGCAUAGGUCCGGAGAACAAGAACAAGUACAAUAAGCCGGAACUGUUCGUGCGAUGCAGUCGUUGCCGUAGGAAAGCUCACCCGUCCUGUAUUGGUAUGUCGUCCGUGAUGUAUAAACGUGUGCAGCAGUACAAGUGGCAGUGCUCGGAGUGCAAACUGUGCAUGAAGUGCAAUCGACGACCGUCGGCGAUGGAUAGCAAAAUGGUAUACUGUGAUCAAUGUGACCGGGGUUACCAUUUAGCAUGUAAAGGACUUCGCAAUUUACCCGAAGGACGCUGGCAUUGUAGCAUCUGCACCAUUUGCGGUUUGUGCGGUGCUCAAACACCGGAAGGUCAUCCGAACCCGCACCUUUCCGCACAACAGCGUCAACAGCUAGCCAUGGUGGCAGAAUGGACACACGAAUACGGGAUGAAUGAGCUGACAAACAUACGGGAACAUCUCCGCACACUGUGUGUUCCUUGCGUGCGUCAACGAAAGCUGUCGCAACAGCCGCCUGGUGCAACGGUUUCUGGCGGUGGUGGAGAAAGCACAGCAAUUCUUAACAAUAAUAACAACCCUGAGCCCAGAAAGCUUUUGGCGGCGACACAAGGAGUAAGCGGCAUAGGUACGCUUAGUGUUCCCGGGGGUGUGAUUUCUAUGAAACCACAAUCAUCGUAA